UGUAAACGAAAUUAAAAACGAGGAAAUGACGUUAAUCUUAAAUGCAGCCAUGUUGAUGGCAGAUGAAGAUGAACUUCACCGCAUAUUACUUUGUGAACCAACAAUUACUAAAAAUGAAAAAAUUCGGAGUGCCCUUUGUACAUAUUUUUCCUUAAAUAUUGCAAAUAUUACAAAUGAAAAUGUUUUGCGACUCGCCAUAAAGUAUUCUCGUACUCUUUUAGGAAAAUGUGCAAAAUGUGUCUCAUAUCUAUAGAUCUUGAAACCAAAUUAGAGGUUAUUCUAUUUUUGAAGUUACUUGUAUGUUUACAGCGCCAACAUAAAAUGAAAUUUGAACAUUCAAUUUACUUGGAAAUUAAUAGUUUAAUUGAUGAUAUUCCCGACGACAACAUUAGUUUGUCUAUAACUUUCCUUACAAUAUUAUUGGAAGGAGACCUUAUAUUAAAACUACAUGAGACGACUGGUGGUAUGGUGGGAAUUAUCCAAAGGAUCGUUAAGAUUUAUCUUAAUCCAGCACAAUCUAAUAAAGCUUCAAAACUAAUUUUAAAGAUUCUGAAAAAGCAUAUCAAAGUAUGCAGAUUACCAACCAUCACCUAUUUUGUGGAAUUCAUUUGUUCAUCACAAUAUAGAUGUGGCCCAUUUAAUAAAGUUCUUCUCAAUUAUUUGCAAAUUAUAUAUGACAGUUCAGAAAUGCAUUUAUUUCAUUUACCCUCAAAGACUAUUGUGGAGAGGUUCAUUUCUCGAGCUGACAUACCUUUUAGAACUAAAACCAAGAUGUGGUAUACGAACAUGAUAAUACGGAAAAGCUAAGCUUUGUGAAUUUUUGUUUGUUUGAAGGCAUAUUAUUUAUUUAAUAAUAAACUACAUAUGAUU